AUGAGUUCACCCCUCCGUCCAAGCACAUCUGCUGCGAAUCGCGGCUUGGGAAACCUGGGUCGGCGAAAGCGAUCCAGAGAGCCCGAUGACGAUGCUUCGUCCGUAGCCCCUCCUUCAAGUCCACCCCCUUCGUCCCCUCCUAUGCUGCCUUUCGACGAUGAUGAGGACGAGCGAGAUGAGGAAGCUGAAUUAGACAUUGAUGAUAUCGAGGAGAUGGCAGAGGAUGAGGAUGGAAUCGAUCUUUUCGGUGACACAUUCGAUAGAGAUUAUCGGAGCGGAAAAGAAGAUCGCUACCGGGGCAGAUACAUCGAUGAUGGUGAUGAUCAGGAGGAAAUCGAUAUCGGUGCACGUCGUGAACUUGAGGCUCGCCUGGAUAGAAGAGAUCUUGAACUUUCCCGACGCCGCCGAAUGCCGGCGGCCUUCUUACAAGACGACGAGGAUGGCGAUAUCGAUUUGACUCAGCAGCCACGUCGCCGCAGGCACGCUUACGACGAGGAUCGCGACGAUAUCGAGAUGGUCGACAACGGUCUCGAAGAACUUUCCUUGGAAGAGCUUGUCGAUAUCAAGUCAUCUAACAUCACUGACUGGGUGACACAGCCCCAAGUCCUGCGCUCCAUUUACCGAGAAUUCAAGGCCUUCUUGACGGAAUUCACAGACCCCACCGGUAGCUCGGUCUACGGAAACAAGAUUAAGACUCUUGGUGAGGUAAACUCUGCUUCGCUCGAAGUUUCGUACACGCACUUGAGCAGUACCAAGGCCGUUCUUGGAUAUUUCCUCGCCAACGAGCCCACAGAAGUUCUCAAGGUUUUCGACCAGGUCGCCCUAGACGUUACCUUAUUCCACUACCCACAAUAUCAUGACAUUCAUAACGAAAUUCAUGUCCGAAUCACCGAUCUUCCCAUUGUAUAUACCCUCCGCCAACUGCGCCAGUCUCAUCUGAACUGUCUCGUUCGCGUCAGUGGAGUCGUCACCCGCCGGACGGGUGUCUUCCCACAGUUGAAAUAUGUCAUGUUCACCUGUGGAAAAUGUGGCACUACUCUAGGUCCUUUCCAACAAGAGGCCAGCUCUGAAGUGAAGAUCUCCUUCUGCCAGAAUUGCUCAUCUAGAGGCCCAUUCACUGUCAACUCAGAAAGGACUGUAUACAGAAACUACCAAAAAUUAACUCUGCAAGAAUCUCCCGGGUCCGUCCCUGCGGGUCGACUUCCCAGACAGCGAGAGGUGAUCCUCCUUGCGGAUCUUAUCGACACAGCUAAACCAGGAGAUGAAAUCGAAAUCACCGGUAUCUACCGUAACAGUUACGACGCACAGCUGAACAACAAGAACGGAUUCCCUGUCUUCGCAACAAUCAUCGAAGCCAACCAUGUGAUCAAGUCUCACGACCAGCAGGCUGGUUUCCAUUUGACAGAAGAGGACGAACGUGAGAUCCGGGCUUUGUCUCGCGAUCCAGACGUUGUCGAGAAGAUUAUCCGUUCAAUUGCUCCCAGUAUCUACGGCCAUCAAGAUGUUAAGACAGCCGUUGCCCUUUCUCUUUUCGGUGGUGUUCGUAAAGAGGCACAAGGCAAAAUGUCGAUCCGUGGGGAUAUCAACGUCUUGCUUCUUGGUGAUCCUGGUACUGCCAAAUCUCAGAUCCUGAAGUACGUCGAGAAGUCCGCCCACCGUGCGGUCUUUGCGACAGGUCAAGGAGCCAGUGCUGUCGGUUUGACAGCCAGUGUCCGCCGCGACCCCCUGACAAGCGAAUGGACCCUGGAAGGAGGAGCGCUCGUGCUUGCAGACCGUGGCACCUGUCUCAUUGACGAAUUCGACAAGAUGAACGACCAGGACCGUACAUCCAUCCACGAAGCGAUGGAACAACAAACUAUCUCCAUCUCCAAGGCCGGUAUCGUCACAACUCUUCAAGCUCGCUGUGCCGUCCUCGCUGCAGCUAACCCCAUCGGUGGCCGCUACAACAGCAGUGCGCCCUUCUCCGAGAAUGUCCAACUCACUGAACCCAUUCUUUCCCGUUUCGACAUCCUGUGUGUCGUCCGUGACCUCGUCGAUCCCAGCGAGGACGAGCGCCUAGCCAGCUUCGUCAUUGAGUCCCACCACCGCGCAAACCCUUCAAAGCCUCUCCGCGAUGAGAAAGGAAACCUCAUCAACACAGACGGUGAACGCAUUGAUGAGGAUGGCUACCGCGUUGACAACGAAGGAAGCCGCCUUCCCCUUCGAACCGACGAAUCUGAAGCCCGCAAUGCGGCAAAGGACAACGAGGAGGACGAGAAAGAUGGCGAGAUCCCGCAAGAACUUCUCCGCAAAUACAUUCUCUACGCCAGAGAACAUUGCCACCCGAAGCUCUACCAGAUCGACCAAGACAAGAUCGCUCGUCUCUUCGCCGACAUGCGCCGUGAAUCUCUCGCCACAGGCGCAUACCCAAUUACUGUCCGUCACCUUGAAGCCAUCAUGCGUAUCGCCGAAGCUUUCUGCAAAAUGCGCCUCUCCGAAUACUGUUCCGCCCAAGACAUCGACCGUGCCAUCGCCGUCACCGUGGACUCUUUCAUUGGCAGCCAGAAGGUUAGCGCCAAGCGCGCGCUAUCGAGGGCUUUCGCUAAAUACACACUCUCCCGACCAAAGCCGCAAUCAAAACGGAAGGCCGGCAUCUCAGCGCAGGGCCCCUUUGACACGAGAAGGUCGCAGGCGACAAGGUAA